CAACAACUUUACUCCAUUCUUAAUCGCUCAACUCUUUAAGUACAGACUAAACCACAAGCAUAUCUAACAAGAUUUAGAUGUCAUGAUGCUGCUGGCUUUUCUACUUCUGUUGGAUCAAAGUUUAGCAAGUCACCGCAGCUUGGAAAAUGAAAUGUGCAAGGUCGAUAUCUCCAAACUCCGCCAUCAGUUACAACGUUUGCAGAAUCAGUUCCUGCUUGGAAGUUGGCGGCUGAAAUAUAUGAAGGAACAUAAUAGCUACAGGAUAAAGGAAAGCACUAAAACAAGAAAGGAGGAACAAGCAAACACAUCACACUCCACUACACCUAAUCAAACUAUAUAUCACCAUGAUUGCUCUGAGGUAUACAACAGUGGCAAUAUCAUAAGCGGAUAUUACAAAAUUAAGCCGAAGUCUGAUGCUGAACCAAUUCUUGCAUAUUGUGAUAUGUCAGAAGGGGGUGGAUGGACCGUCAUUCAACGUCGCAGCAAUGGCAAAGUAAAUUUUAAUAGAGGCUGGGAAGACUAUAAAUCAGGCUUUGGAUUAUUUCAAGGGAAGAAUGAUGAAUAUUGGCUUGGAAACGAAAAUAUACACCAAAUUUUGGCUGCAGGGAGGUAUAUAAUUAAGAUAGACCUCACUGAUUGGAAUGGAGAAAAAAGAUAUACAACAUAUGAAAAAUUUAACAUUUCAGAUGAAGAGGAUAAAUACAGGCUAACAUUUGGAAGGUAUUCUGGGACUGCAGGAGAUGCAUUGUCUGGUGGCUUGAUUCCAGAGGAACAAUGGUCCUCUUCUCACUAUGGGAUGCAAUUCACCACUUUAGACCAGGAUAAUGACAGAUACCUGCAGGGGAAUUGUGCUCAAGAAGGUAAAAGUGGCUGGUGGUAUAACAGAUGCCAUUCAGCCAACCUGAAUGGAAAGUACUAUCGCCAUGGAAACUACACGGCAAAGCACGAUAAUGGCGUUCUUUGGAGCACCUGGAAAGGAUGGUGGUACUCUCUGAAGUUCACAGCCAUGAAAAUCAGACCACUUUAUUUCUUUGCAGCAUUUGGAAGUGGCGAUUAUGACAAUAUCAUUGGCUAGCAUUUAUUGUGAAGGAAC